UGUGCGCGGCUUUCUCCUCCAUCACUUCCUUUCCCCUUUGAAGCAAUGCGUUGCGCGGCGGGGAGGUGUGAGGAGCCCGCGUCUUCCCCCUGUCGCGCCGCUCAGGAGCUAUGGCGGAGCGGCCACUGAGGAGGAACCAGCGGUCGGAGCUCAGCGGGUUCCACUUUACCUGCGGCGCCGCCACACAAUGGUGACGGCUUCUAAAGUUGUACACACCUCUCGAGCUUCUGUCGCGACUCUCCCCGGUUCAACUUUUCACCCGCCGGCAUCUCCCACAUGUCGACGGGGUCGUAGCGACGCCGAGUUAGUUCUGCUUUCCUCCCCCCCCUCCUAGCGGCGUUACGUGUGUCCGGGGUAAAGCCGUCUGCCUCGGCCGUCAAUCUGGCGCACUGUCCCGCAGUGGCUCUUUAAUAUUCCAAAGCCGAGUCACCGGAGGUCAACAUGGGGGCAAAGCAGAGCAGCCCGGCCGCUAUUCCAGCUGCCAACGGGCGGCCCAGAGCCUACUCCGGCUCGGACUUGCCCUCCAGCAGCAGCGGCAGUAACGGGAGCAGGACGACCGCCGGGGGGGUGCGGUACCACGCGUACGGCGCCUCCGGAGCCUCGUCCAGCACCAGCCAGCACCACCACGGAGCCAGGGCCAGGUCUGUGGGGAUAGCCGGGACCAGAACCCAGUCCGGCAUUAACAUUCCGAACAGCAGCGGAGCCUACAGCUCGCAGGAGUCCGGCGGCAGCAGCCCGGAGGAGGCGGACCGGGAGCGCUCCGGCGGAGGGCACGAGGGUCCCCGGCUGUUGAUCGGAUCGCUACCCGCACAUCUCUCGCCUCAUCUGUUCGCAGGUACUUCCCCAUCGGGCCGCUCGAAGGCUCUCGCUCACAGGAGUCCGUCCUGCAUUGGAAAUAGUCUACCUCGACACUGUGAUACAGGAAGGCAGGCAGUUCAUCCACUUCACGGCUUCAAGUGCCCCGUGUGCUCCAAGUACGUGUCCUCGGAAGAUAUGGAUCUCCACCUGGUCUUGUGUUUAACCAAACCCCGAGUCACGUAUAACGAGGACGUCCUGACCAAGGAUACAGGAGAAUGUGCAAUCUGCCUGGAGGAGCUGGUGCAGGGCGACACCAUCGCCCGCCUGCCCUGCCUCUGCAUCUACCACAAAGGCUGCAUCGAUGAGUGGUUUGAAGUGAACCGGUCGUGUCCGGAGCAUCCAUCAGAUUAAAGAUUAAAGCUGCUUUGCAAUGGUAUUCCACAAUGUGAAGGAUCUACAAAAGGGAGUGUGGAUCCAGGGAGACUGCUGGACACUGUGAUCUGUUUACCCGCCCCCCCCCCCCCAUACACACACACAAUAAUGUAGUGCCACUGUGUGCCAAAUCUCAUUUUAAGCAAUCUUCAGGGAUACAGAUGUUCAUGUUUAAGUUGCACCUCCACGCUCAAGUCCCCUUCUAAAGGGACUGGCCUCGCGUCCUCUCGGAGCCGCCAUGGACUCAACGGCUUCCUCCUCCUCCUCCUCCUCCCCGUCCUUUCCUGAGCGGCCGUUGGACACCAGGUAUUAGCUGAUUGUACACCUGGACUCUGAAGGAGGCUUUGGAUAUGGUCCCGAAGGUGUGUGUGUGUGUGUGGGGGGGCGGUCACUUCGUCCCUGCCCCUCCUCCUUCAGCGUCAGGGUCUACCAGUGCCUUGGUGGGCAGGACGGAGGAGGACCGGACUGUCAGCGGAGAAGGCUCGACCGGCCGGACGGACGGACUCGCAGAACCGCCAGAAACGAGCCGGAGCCGGAGAGAGCAGCAGGAACGUCUGUCAGCUUUUAGCAGCUCGGGACAUUUUCAGAACUGAAGCCGCUGAAAACAAUAGUGCCAAUCAACUGUGAAUAUUGUCAGACACACUUUAUCAUUAGUGCUUUAAAAAAAAUCUCAAACCAUGAAGUAGAGGUAUCCUGUACCAAAACCUGGAAUGGACUGACUUACCGAGCUGAGCCCAAACUAGAGUCGUGCCGCCAGCGCGACACACACACACCCGUUGGCUCGGAGUCCAGUUCUAACGACGGCAUCGUCUCAUGUGAACGAGAUCCUUUUCAUGUUGUAACAUGUUAUAACAUGGUUAUAACAACUCAUUGUGUUAUAAGGAGAAACUGUUCUGGUUUAAAGAGAUCUGUUGAUGUGUUGCAACCAGAAGGAUCGCCACCUUAACGUGGUGGAGGAGUUUGAGAGGCUCAGUGAUCCUGGGGGCCGUGUAUUCCGGGGCAUUGGCCCCUGGUAGGGUCUCCCAAGGCCAGCAGGUCUCAGUCUGUUGGCCUCCGCCGGGGCUGCCCUUCAUCAUCGGUCCUGUUUGUGUGAUUUUUUUUUUUUUUUUAAUGGACAGGAUAUCUAGCCGCAGCCGAGAGGGGUGGAGAAGGUCGGGUUCGGUGGGUCUCGGGAUCGCCUCUCUCUGCUGUUUGCAGAUGACGCGGUCCCGUUGGCAUCCUCGGAGAGUCGGCAGCUCCUAAUCUGAGGCCGUUGCGCUUUGCCGGAACCCUCCAGGGUGAGGGCGGAGUAACUCGCCCAAGCGAAGGAAUGCAAGUAUCUGGGGGUCUUGUUCACGAGUAAGAUGGAGCGGGAGAUGGACAGGCGGAUCGGUGCGGCAGUAAAACAGGCGCUGCACCGUCAUGGUGAAGAGGGAGCUGAGCCAGAACCCAACCCUCACCUAUUGGUCGCAAACUCUGGAACGAGGUACAAGCGGCCGAAAUGAGUUUCCUCCGUAGGGGGGCCGGCCUCAGCCUUAGAGAGAGGGUACGGAGCUCGGACAUCAGGAGGAAGCUCGGAGUCGAGCCCCUACUCCUUCGUGUCGAAAGGAGUCAGCUGAGGUGGUUCGGGCAUCUGAUCCGGAUGCCUCCCUUUAGAGGUUUUCCAGGCGGGUCCAACUGGGAGGAGACCCCGGGGAAGACCAGGACACGCUGGAGGGAUUAUAUCUCCCAGCUGGUUUGGGAACGCCUCGGUUCCCCCAGAGUGAGCUGGAAAGUGUUGCGGGUGAGAGGAGAGUAUUGGUCCUCCGGCUGGGUCCGGAUGAAGAGGAUGAGGAUGAGGAUGGAUGGAUGGAUUUCUGAUAAAACAAGAUGUUCUUAUGACAUGAACAGUUUGUUGGUGUGAUUAUAACAUGAAAAAUCUACUUUUAUAUCAUAAAGAGGAUCUCGUGAGAAACAUGUUCACGUCACCGGGGGAAAGUGAAAUUUCUUAUUUUAACUUAUUUUUAUUUUCUGUCGUUUAGCUACGUCGGUUCAGUUGUAAUUCUUCUCCGUGGAAAUAUGAGAUUCAUAUCCAUCAUAAAGUCUGUGAUGCAGUUUAUAAUCUAGGCUGUGUAUUCAUUCUAACAUUUGGUCAUACUUUUCACUCGGAGGGAGAAGAAAUAAAAAGGAAAAGAAGAUGUG